GUGGCGGUCCGUUGCGGUUCGUUUUCGACGCGUACAGACGUGUACAGGACCAGUACCAGUUCCUUGCAAAGCCGGGCUGGAAUACGGUUUCUUCGGCUUGUGAUAGCGGGCAAUCGUGUUAUAUCCAGGAUUGGUAUACGCGAAGAACACUUUCGGUGAGGACACCAAUUAAUAAAUCCUGGUGCGUCUGAAAUGGCUGCGAAUAUCCUCACUUUGAUAGAAGGAUCUCGUCAGGGACGGCGCAAACAGGUUUUCAAAGGCAUUCCAGAUCUUGACAGUGAAACUCGCUUUUGCCCUGAUCUUGACAGUGAAACUUACAUCAAAAUCGAGCCAAAGGUUUACGAGGAAGAAGUUUCCGAAAAUGGAUUUGUGGGAUUCGACAAUACGGCUACUAGAAUUCCAUCUACUACCGAUAUAGGAGCCCUAAAUCUCUGGACCACCAAGGCUACAAGUUGCCUCAUAGCUCAGUAUAAAAAAUACAAAGCCCAUGUAGGUCAAACGACAAAAAUGAGAAGCCUACGCGAAAUGUUCGAGAUGAUUUCCUUCGAGAUGCAGAAAUACGGCUUUUACUUUAGUGCUCAAAAAUGUGAAAAUAAAUGGCGUGUCCUUGAACGCAAGUACAAGAAUCUGGUAUUUCGUGAGAAAUUAAAGAAGCCUGGUAGAAUGAGACACUACGGACACUGGGAACACAGAAGGGCGCUAGACGAAAUAUUCGAUGAGCAGAAGCAACACAUGUAUUUAGACGAAAGCGAUUUUCCUCCUCCAAGCGGUUCUGCUAAGAUCGCAGCAAUGAUGAUGCCACAACUUACACAGAAUGGAAACAUUGCCAAUAACGGUACCUCUACCCAGUCUUCGAUUGGCAAUAAUAAUUCUCAUCCCGAAUCGAAUAAUGCAUAUAGCAAAAGAACGGAAAACUUGGCUGAUCAAAGUGGAAUUAUAAAAACAUUUCUCGCCAACUUUGUCGAUGAAAUGACAAAAAACUUUGCUUUAGCUGAGAGAAACAACGAAAGGAGACACCAGGAAGAUCUCGCAAUGAGGCAGAGUGAAUUGGAAGUUCAGAAGAAGAUCCUGAGGAUGAAGGAGAAGAAAUUGGAACUUCAGAAAAUUAAUAUGAUGGCAGCUGCUCAGAAUCUAGGCCUCAAUUUAUAGCAACGCCUGCGGAUUGGUAUGACUAUGAUUAUUUGAUUAAGAUAUUUUUCUACUCUUUUUGGAAACCGUUGAUUCUAUACAUUCAACCUGUUUUUUGAAACGCGUUCGUAGAAUUUAUCCCUCAAUCAAAAGCUGUAAAUUUUUAUAAAAUGUUGAAAUAUAAUUGAAAGUUACGAAGGUAGAGAAUAAGUCGAAAAUCCCCUGUAAAUGUUGUAAUAUAGUUAUUAUUAGGAGCGGGAGCAUCGGACUAUCAGCCUAAUAUACGAACAUUCUGUUAUUAUCAUAUUAUCGUCAGCCAAAUUUAAACAGGGUUACACUGAUAUUCAUAAACUGCGCGUUGAUUAAAGCUUUUCAAGCAGCUCUAGAGAUUCUUAUAAAUGUUUGUUUAAACAUUUUUUCACGACACAUUUUUUUCUUUAAUUGGAGGUAUUCGCCCCUAUGCUUUUGGCAAUUAGAAGUUCUCUUUCACAUGAACGAAAAGUUCAAAAUAUUUUUGGAAGAAAAGGUUCAAGAGUGAAAUUUUUCGGUACUUUCUGAAAUUAACUUAAAAUUAUCUAUGAACAGAUAAACUGAUUUUCAUUUCGACACAAUAAUUCUUGAAUCUAAUUAAGACAUACAGUUUUUUUUAGUUUGUGAUUCAUUCAAUGACUUCAUAUCCAUUUAUAUUUCAUUUUUUCUCAAUUUUUUCCAUUAUACACGUAAUUAUCGAACUGAAUUUUCUUUUCGUUUAAGGUAACACCACGAUUUGUUUUUAGAAGUUGAGCUUGCAUUGCUAUGUCCUUCUUCACAAUCAUCCUCAAAAUAUUCUUUAUACAUCGCAAUUCAAAAUAUAUUACUUAAAAAAUCAUCUCCAAGUGUUACUACAUUAGGCCAGUAUAUUAUAUGUGUGUGUAAAUUCAAAAAUCUAUUUUUUUUCCUUAUUAAUUUCCCCGAGUAUUCAUAUGUUUAAUAAGUGUGAUUUAUUCGAUUUUUAAUGUGCACGCUUGCAUGUUUCAUUUGCAUAAUUUUUUGAUACUGAAUACAUUUACUUUUCUGCAAUGAUAUGUACAUGCUCGAAAAUUUUAUAAUAAAAUGUUGUAAAUG